UAUGCUUUCUUUACUUGGUUAUGAUCUUGCUUUAUGGUUAUUGAAAGUGGAUUUUCUUUUGUCAUUUUUGCCAUCUGAGAAGUUUAAUUUGGUGAUUAGUAUGGACUAUGGCCUUGGCAUACCUGGAGAUGGAAGAUGUUUGUUCCGGUCUGUUGUUCAUGGUGCUAGCUUGAGAGAAGGGAAGCCAUCUCCGUCGGAGAGCUGUCAGAAAGAACUUGCAGAUGAGCUCAGAGCUAAAGUGGCAGAUGAAUUCAUUAGGAGGCGAGCAGACACUGAAUGGUUUCUUGAAGGUGAUUUUGACACGUAUGUUAAACAGAUGCGACAGCCCCACAUGUGGGGAGGAGAGCCUGAGUUGCUAAUGGCCUCCCAUGUCCUACAGUCGCCAAUCACGGUUUCCAUGUGGGAUAAGAGUUCUGGUAACCUCAAAAUUAUAGCUGAAUAUGGUCAAGAGUAUGGUAAGGAGAACCCCAUACGGGUGCUUUAUCACGGUUAUGGACAUUAUGACGCAUUAAGGAGUCCAAUUAGUAGUGCAGAAUCAAAGUUGCCUUUUAUGGGGAGAAAAUAUUAGGUCCACUGGGAAGAUUGCUGAAGUAAUUCUCUCAACCAAUGAAACACUGCCACCUAUGCAAGUGUGGGAGUUAGCUUUCUAAUAAGCACAAGGGGAAAAACAAAAAACAAAAAACUACCAAGAAAUGUCACAUAUGCAUAGGUGACACUGUUUUAUUGCUUGGAAGGGCCAAGGAGGACCACGUCAUCGGUCUUCUUGGUGGACCUAACAAUUUCUACUUUAUAGGUAUGUUUCUAAUUUAGAUAUUAUGAGUACAGAUAUUGAAAUAGUAUUGUUGUCUCAUGAGUUCCUUGGGGGUA